AUGCAUCUCAUUCAUUCCUCGGACAGAAAGGACAUAAUGAAAGUACUUGCUUCUGUCACUUAUCUGGGCAACUAUGAGGAACCUGACGAUUUUUCAUGCGUGAUCAAGUUGUUUGAUUAUUUGAGUUGUUGUGUACAAUUUGUUGCAAAGGCAUCGAUUUAUUGCGAAGAAGUUGAUGGCAGUGGGCGAUAUUUGGAAAUCCAGUAUCUUGUCAAUAUUAUCCGAGUUUUUACGCAACGUCUGAAGCGGAAGUUAGACGAAGAAGAUAACAGGGGUGGAGAAGAUAUGAGAAAUCUUAAGCUUUUAAUGGUAGCUAAUAAUGUAGGAUUGAUUGCAAACUGUUUCUUAGUCAAUAUCUGUGACCUUCACGUCAAACUUCUACCGUCGUGGUCACAGCCACAGAAACGUCGACCGAUACCGCGACGAAAAAUUGUCAUCGAGCCGAAAAAAGGAAGAGGAAUGACUUUUGUAUCGGAUUGA